AUGAACAAAUCACCCAGAACUCGGUUUUACGAGCACGCAGUCUCUUCGCAUUCAGAUGCGACCUCUUUUACAAAUUCCAUCCCUCCCAAGCUCGCGCAAGUUCUCCCCAGGCUUCGCACUCCAAGUAUCACACCUGCGUGGAUCACAAUCUCUCUGAUCCCGACGAUGAAGGUCGCAUAUGGCUCUGCAAUCACGCAGACCGAAUUUGAUGACGGAACGUGGUCCAAUGCUAUCGAGAAAACAGACUUGCUAAUUCAAGCAAUGGAUCGAGCAAAUGAUAAUAAGGCAUUUACACAGACUUAUUAUGAGGCAUUGUGGAUGAGGAAUCGAGACUUGGAUGAAGGCGUGACAGCGAUGGAGCAGGUGAGCGAAGGGAGUGAUGCUGAGUUCUGCGAGAUCCUGGCGGAUCAGGGAGGGGAUUUUACGAUUGCCGUGCUUAUGGUAUUGAGAACUAUGGAGGACGAGGUAGAUAGCAAUGAGAAUGGCGAGGCAGGUCCGAGUAGAGAAACAGGUGAGAGAGCGGAGAAGAAUACAAAGAAGUAG